AUGGACGUGGACGCCGAGAGAAAGAAGAUCGCGCAGGAGAUCCAGGCGCUGGAGCGGAUCUUGGGCCCCGGCCCCUUGGGCUUCGAUGAGGAGGGAAGAGCUGGGAGAAGGCCUUGCUCAGGAAGGCGGUGGCCGCGCCUGCGGGUCGGGGCCUGUGGGGGCCCCUUGCCAGCCAUCUGCUUGCAUGGCGGUCGCAGCGGUGUGCUUGUGUCCCCAGAUUCGCUGCCCGACGAGGACUCCGCCGCUGCUGGUCCCCCCGUCUCGGAAGGAGAGAGGUGGGACGGAGCCAGCAAUGACGAGGACGACCCCAAGGGGAAGACGCUUCCCGAGGACCCGGAGACCUGCCUGCAGCUGAACAUGGUCUACCAGCUGGUGCUGCAGGAGAAGCUGGCGGAGGUCAGCCUGCUGCUGGCCCAGAACCAGGAGCAGCAGGAGGAAGUCAUGUGGGACCUGGCAGGGUCCAAAGGCCCCCGGGUGAAGGACAGCAAGAGCCUGCCCCUGAACCUGUACGUCGGGCACUUCCUCAAGCCCUACUUCAAGGACAAGGUCACCGGAGUGGUGAGUCCGAGGCGUCGGGUCCGUGGGGCGGGCGCACCCCCACAGCCUGUCGUGAGUUCCCGUGGUCUUCAGGGUGGUGGUCUCCAGCGUCCUAGCCCCCUCCCGGGCCCCGUGGAGAAAGCCGGGGCCCCCUCCUAUGUGGGGCCGGCCAUUGUCUACUACAUGGAGGGGAGGGACUCCAUGCAGCUCAUCUACCGGUGGACCAAGAGCCUGGACCCCCGCCUCAGAAAGGGCCUCUGGACCCCAGAGGAAGACACGAGGCCCAUCUGUCUGUCCUUCCUGCAGAAGUUGCUUCAGGCCGUUGCCAAAUACGGGGAGCACGAUUGGUUUAAAAUCCGGGAGGAGGUGCCAGGGAGGAGCGACGCCCAAUGCCGGGACCGCCCUCGCCUCUGCAGCCAGCUCCCGGAGGAGGCCUUGCUGGGCAGCAGGCUGGACAGCCACGACUGGGAGAAGAUUUCCAACAUUAAUUUUGAGGGCGGCCGCAGCGCAGAGGAGAUCCGGAAGUUCUGGCAGAACUGGGAGCACCCCAGCAUCAACAAGCAGGAGUGGACCAGGCCGGAGCUGGAGCAGCUGAAGGCCAUCGCGGCCAAGCACGGCCACCUGCACUGGCAGAAGAUCGCCGAGGAGCUGGGGGUGAGCACCCCCCAGACCGCAGGGGUGUGGGUGCUGCAGGGACCUGGAGCCCCGGGGGGACGGCGGGCGCCGAGCUGAGAGGCAGCGUGCGG